GCCUCUGCCCGUUGCAACCCGGACUCCCCUCCCGGGCGUUCGCGUGCCCGCCCCUUUGCUUUGGAUUGUAGCGGCUGCUGGUCUUUGCGCGUGGCCUCUCCAUCUUUCCAGCUGCUGGAAGCCGGUGCCCCCUACCCAGAUCUGCUCGGCGGAUCGCCCCUCCCAUCUACCCCGAGGUUGUCACCCCUUCAAUUCCCGGACGAAGUUACCCCUCAGCGGGGAGUUUGGACACUGUCUAGCGUUCCCGGGACGAGACGGGCUCCUCGCCCUUUUUUGCACCUCGGCGUCCUGGCUGGGACGGGCGGGGGGACGCGCCACUCCCUGCGCUCAACCCGGGGCUCGCUUUAGGAAGAUUGGGUACUCUCAGCUUUGCCUCUCCGGGGUCGUCCCCAUCCGCCGAGCGACGGACGGACUGACGGAUUCCCUCCCGCCUCCUUCCCUUUGCAGCAGCCAUGGCGGCCCCUGAUCUGUCGGCGAACCUCCAGGAAGAAGCCACCUGCGCCAUCUGCCUGGACUACUUCACGGAUCCGGUGAUGACCGACUGCGGCCACAACUUUUGCCGGGAGUGCAUCAGCCGCUGCUGGGGACAGGCCGAGGGCCCGUUCCCAUGCCCAGAGUGCAGGGAGAUGUCCCCCCAAAGGAAUCUGCGCCCCAACAGACCGCUGGCCAAGAUGGCCGAGAUGGCCCGGCAGCUGCACCCGCCGUCGCCUGUGCCCCAGGGCUUGUGCGGGAGGCACCGGGAGCCGCUGCAGCUCUUCUGCGAGGAGGACCAGGCGCUCCUCUGCCUCACGUGCGAGCGCUCCCGGGACCACUGGACCCACCGGAUGUCCCCUGUCGAGGAAGCCGCAGAGAACUACAAGGGAAAGUUGGAGAAAUCUCUUGAGCGCCUGAGGAAGCAAAUGGGAGAAGCCCUGCAGUUUCAGACCCAGGGAGAGGAGACCUGUAUUAUUUGGCAGAAAAUGGUGGAGAGCCAGAAACAGAACGUUACAGCUGAGUUUGCUAAGCUUCGACGCUUCCUGGCUGAGGAGGAGCAGAGGCUCCUGCAGAAGCUGGAGGAGGAAGAGAGUGAGACUCUGCCUAGGCUCAGAGAGAACAAGGCUAAGCUGAUUCAGCAGAGCCGUUCCUUGGAAGAGCUGAUCACAGAGCUAGAGGAAAGACGUCAGCGUCCUGCCUUGGGCUUGUUGCAGGAUGUGAGAGAUGUACUGCGUAGGAGUCAGGAUGUGAAGUUGCAGCUGCCAGAAGUCGUUUCCAUGGAAUUAAGGACUGUCUGCAGGGUCCCCGGGUUGGUAGAAAUGCUGAGGAGAUUCCGAGGAGAUGUGACUCUGGACCCAGAUACAGCAAAUCCUGAACUGGUUCUCUCUGAAGACGGGAGAAGUGUGAGGCGGGGGGACAUCCGGCAAGCAUUGCCUGACAACCAGGAGAGAUUUGAUCCUGGUCCUUGUGUGCUUGGUCGUGAAGGCUUCACUUCUGGGAGACACUACUGGGAGGUGGAGGUUGGGGAGAGGGUUGAUUGGGCUCUGGGAGUUUGUAAAGAAAAUGUGAACAGAAAGGAGACAGGGGAAUUGUCCACUGGCAAUGGAUUCUGGAUCCUAGUAUUCUUUGGAAACUAUUACUAUUCUCCUGACCGGACUUGCAUUCCGCUUAGAGAGGCUCCUCGGCGAGUGGGGAUUUUUCUAGAUCAUGAGGCUGGACAUAUCUCAUUUUAUAGUGUAACUGAUGGCUCCCUCUUAUUCAUGUUCUCCCAAGUAGCCUUCUCUGGGACACUCAGGCCCCUGUUCUCCCCCCUAUCCUGUAGCACAGUCCCAAUGACCAUCUGCCAGGUAAUAGGGGGAGCUGGGGAAUCUUUUACUUCCUGAUUCCCCUGACAUUUUAGUUCAACCUACUUUUUGUGAUCAGGAAUUCUUAAGUUGCCUGGGUGCCUUAAAGUUCCUCCCAGGGCUGGUCCUUUCCAUUUGUCUCAGCAGUUCAGAAGGGUGUAGAGAUUGUAAAGAAAGAUUCGUUUUUGUUUUAAGCUAGUGAAUAUGGACUGUGAUACCACUGAGAUAAAUAGUUUGGUGCCAAAACAUUAAACCUUUCAAAUUUGUAUGCACUCUACCCAAACCAGUGGUUUCCCCAACAAUGUCCUAAGUGGUAUGAGGGAAAGAUUUUUGAUCUGAGUCAUAUAAUCAGGAUUCUAAUCCUGACUUUAAUAUGAGGUAGCUGUGUGUCCUUGACAAAUCAUUCCAUCUCUGGAUCUUGUGGUGAAACACUUGGGCCAGAUAAUGUCUGAGGCCCUCAGCAUCUUUUUAAUGUUCUCAUUUUCACACCAAACAUCAAAAACUAUCUUUAGAUGCAGAGAAAUCUUGGUUUUAGUGUAAGCAUCAGCCAGUGUGGUUGGGGCCUGGGCUACUGAAAUGUCUUUUGGGCCCAGGGCUACUACAAGAAUGCCAGAUGCCCUUGAUUUUACCAAACCAGACCUGCCUGUGGAGAAAAGCCAAGGCAGCUAAGCUCUAUACAGACACAGUGUCAGCUGCCCCAUAACCCAGCUUUGAUAUAAAUGAGUUAUCUGGCAAGUCACUUCACCUCCCUGGUACUCAGUUUCCUCACUUAUAAGAUAGCACUAGAUUAUUUCAAAGGAUACUUUGAGACAACUGAGGAUCAAGCAUUGUUAUGUAUCCAAGGAGAACAACUGGGAAAGUGGGGAUGUGAUCCAAACUUUUGACUUGAAAUCUAGGACUUUAUACUGUGCCACACAUUUUGAGAGCUUGAAGCAGUCUUCCAGUUCACCUAGGCUAGGCAGUCGCCAUGCCUAUGAGGUUGGUAUGAACUUCUAAUGUGUUCUUUUGUGAUAUCCAUUGUAAAGCUAUGGUGAAGAUGGUGAUGAAUGUGUGAUGUAAGUUAUACAGGACCUGUUGUCCAGAAAACCAGUUUCAAGUCCUAAUUCUGUCACUAAUUGACUGAUCUUGAAGAGGUCAUUUCAUUUCUCUGGACUCAGUUUCCUCAGUUCUAAAAUGAGAGAAUUGGACUCAACAGUAUUUGCUCACUCAAUCUGCAGCAUGGACUGGUAAUUCUAAUUCUUUAAUUCUCUACCGAAUCUUCAAAAUUAUAUAGGUGUCUUUGAAGGGGGCAGGUUAGAAUGAUUUAUUCAUUGUGGUUCCUCCUUAUAAUCUUCCUUUGAUUUGGUAGGUGGUUGAACUUCUGUGGUUGAAAAAUUAGUUUAUAGCUGGUAUGAUGAUGAGUUUCUUCAAAUUUAACUAUACUGGUCUUCAUCCAGCAGACAUAGAGUCCAUGACCAGGCACAUAGCUGAAGUCUUGCCACAACUUAUAUUUUGUAGGCACAGUUUUUAAGAGCCCAGAAUCACUUCCAUAUGAUAUUAUAGUAAGACUUCAGUGAGGGAUAUAUGUUUUUAUUAAGGUCUUCUAUACAGCAGUGUAAAUCUUUUAAAUUUGUCAUCAGCUAUAGACUAAGAUAUUUCAAAAUGUCAGUGUGUAUUAUGUAGUAAAUUUUUAGCUCAUGAAGAAACAUGUACUCCUGAUAUUCUAAAUGUGAGACCCUUAAGCAUCAACCAGUGCCUUAUACUGCUAGAGGAUGUAAAUCAUCGUUGACGUUCUUCCUGGCAAAGUAACCAGAUGAUAAAAGGAACGUAGGUUCUCUUUGGAGAGACAAAUAAAGUCUAAUGGUAAACAAGAAACACUUAAUGGGAUACUUGGUCAUCUCUCUUCACAAUGCUUUUGACAUGCAUAAACAAAAUGAACUUGGUCAAGGUAUUUGGGGAUAGGAAUGGUAAAUAAUUCUACAAAGAACUUUUCAUUCAAUAUGCUUUUAGUGCUCUGACUUUAACCCAAAGGUAGGUAUAGUUUUGGUGAUGCUAUAAAUUGGCAUAGCCAUUCUAGAAGGUAUUUUGGAACUGUGCCUCAAAAAACUUGAGGCCUUUUGACCCAGAAAUAUCUCUAAUAGGCCUAUAUGCAGAGAUAAAAGGAAAAAAAAGGACCCAUAAACUGGAAACUAUGGGAGUGUCUAUAAAUUGGAAUAGCUAAACAAAUUAUGAUAUGUUAUUGUAAUGUCAUACUAUUGUGCCACAAGAAAUAAUGAAAGGUAGUUUUAGGAAGACCUGAUAAGGUAUGUAUGAACUGAGGCAGAAGGAAGUGAUAGAACUAGAAGAAUAAAUUAUAACUAUAUUGUAAAGACAACUUAAAAAUUAUACAUCAAUGCAAUGACCAAGCAUGAUUCCAUAAGACUGAUGAUGAACUCUUGCUAUCCAUCAGCUAAAUGAGAAAGAUUGAGGAUGAAUCAUAAGACAUGAAAUUUUGAAGCAUGGCUAAUGUGGGAAUUGUUUUCUUUUUGAUUUUUUUUCGUAAGUUGGAGGUGGUAUAGAAAAACUGUUAGUUGAGAAAAUGUAAAGGAUGGUGGUGAAAAACCAAAUUAGAAGAUAAGGUUUAGGAUCAAGAAAUGAAAGCAGCUAAAUACUUAAAGAACACAGGAACUUAAGCACAUGUCAUACUUGAUCCAAGAGGAGUUACAGUAUACUCUACAUGACAAAUACUGAAUAUUC